AUGAUGUUGUCGCUUCUCAUCCUCAAUUUCUUUUGCUUACCAGAAUCAGGGGGGAUCGCCUUAACUCUAAAGAAGCCGCCGGAAAUCCCGGGUCUGCCUAGCAUUGACGAACUAGCACAGAGAGGAGGUUACCAGGCGACCAACUACGAAGUGAUCACAGAAGAUGGAUACAGCCUUUGGAUCCACAGGAUUGGUAACAACACUGGUCCUCCAGUUCUUAUGCAGCAUGGUCUGUUCCUGGCUGCAGACUCGUGGAUAACAAGAGGCAGCAGCAAGAAGGAUCUUGCAUUCAUGUUGCUGGAUCUUGGCUAUGACGUAUGGCUUUCCAACCAAAGAGGGACGUUCUUCAACCAGUAUAGCUUGAAGUAUCACAAGACAGACCCUCCAUUUUGGGAUUUCAGUUUCCACGAAUCUGGAUAUUACGACCUACCAGCUUUCAUUGAUAAAAUAUUGGCAGUACGAAAUGUCCAGCAGAUUUUCUUCAUAGGACAUUCAUUUGGUACAGUAACUUACUCUGUGAUGUGCGCUACCAGGCCCGAAUACAAUGAUAAAAUAAAAGCUGCUGUGUUGAUGUCGCCAGUUGUCUAUCAGCGGGCCAGCAACCAGACUUCACCUAUUAUGAGUACACUAGCUACGGUGAGAGACUUCGUAACCGCUAAUGCCUUCGGGAGAUCAGCAAACAUCGUGGUUGGUGCAAGAAGUCCUGCAAGUGUCCAAGCUUUGAAAGUUCUCUGUGGAAGUAAGUCUCCCACCCAAGGACUUUGUCUCAGCAUCUUUGGGUUAUUCGUCGGUGAAAAUAGAAUCAACUUAAAUCUAGAUGACUUUUCUACUUUCGUCCUCUAUGCAUCCAGUACGUCACUUCGGACUUUGAUACACGCAGCACAAAACCGACUUGCAGAUCAGUUUCAACAGUUCGAUUUUGGUCCAAAGGAAAAUUUAAUGAGAUAUAAUUCACUGAAGCCACCGAAAUAUCUUUUGGAAUUGGUGACUACACCAACAGCUCUCUUCUGGAGUCUUAAUGAUCCUACGUUAAAUGAACAAUCAGUGGCAAGAUUUGCAUCUGAGAUACCAAAUGUCAUUACUAACAGUGUAGUGGAUGACCCAAAGUUCUCCCAUGCCGAUAUGAUUAUAGGGGACAAUGCAAAUGUCAUUCUUUACCCCCGGAUAAUUGAAAUCCUCGACUCCUUCUCUCUGGACGGAGGUAAUGCUGAUCAAUUUGUUAUUGAUGAAAGAGUAGGAGGACGAAUGUCAUCACCAACAAUAGUUACAUAG